AUGUUCUUCAACGUUCUCAUCUACGUCUUGAGCGGGGUCUCCCUACUCUCGACGCUCUUGAAUGGCUUGCAUCUGUCCCUGCCCACCGCCUUGAGCCUCUUCUCCAGUGAUACCGUGGUCUUCCUGCCUCAUAUCUCUCUCGCCAUCUUCCCCAAGUCUUCGUUCGUGCCUGUUCCGUUCACUCAGCCUUCCAUUGCCGUCUCGCCGUUGUUUAGCGUCGUUGACUAUACUAUCCCCGGCCUAUUGUCGACCCCUCUGUACUAUUCCCGCGAUAUCAAGCAAGAUUUAUGCGACGGCACUGCCGCCGCGGUUAUGACUACGGACCUCGUCGUCUAUGCGCCCUCUAUCGGUUUCGAUGAAUACCCUCUCGAACAUCUUGUGGCUUUCCGUGACUACUCUCUCAAGCUCUGGGCCUCGAUGAGCGGCCUACUUGAACUACUUGAUGAUGUCUCUGUUCCUGAACAUUCUUUGGAUUUGGCUGUCCCGGUCGCCUCUACCCCGGAGAUCAUCUCUGGCCCGUCCUACGAACUCGCUAUCCGCCCAUCUUCGGAGCUCGCUGUUUACGAACACCGUGAUUACUUUGUCUGCGUCCUGUCGGCGCCUCAGGUCCAGUCUGAGUUUGUCGACCGUUCUUCUUCGGAGCUUGCGGUCUACCAAUCCCACGACACGUUCGUCUGCCUCGCGUCGCCGAACGCGUCCCGUGUACUCUCCAACGUCUCGCAAACUUCGCGUCCAUCGCCGGUUAACGAGCGGGAUGUGGACUACAUACGUCAACAGGUCCCAUCCCUAUCCGCGCUCGUUGUCAUUGGUCGGGCACCAACUGAAAUGCCUACCGGCAAUGACGCCUUCAUCGAGACAAUUCUACGCAACAUGAGUUCGGUCUACAGGCGCCUAGCUUCGAUAUUCUACAACCUCCCUUGGACUCGUCUCGAUAUACCGCCGCCGCAAGAGCACUGGCAAGUGCUUAUCCGCUAUUGUGUGACUCGUCAAUACACUAUCAUGAAGCUGAGGUCCCGUGCUCCCUGUCUUGCGUUGGGUAUCACUAGGGUUGAAGGGGAGACGGUGGAUGGUCAAGAGCCAACUCCUUCCGAAUCACACGAAUCUUCUGCUAAGGCUGCCAAGCGGAAAUCUCAAAUCCGUUCUCAUGCUCGCCGCCGUUUUCGGGAGGCCGUACGGGGCGGGAUGGCUCAUACGGUGACUACCGGCCUAGUUGCUAAAUAUACCCGACUAUACGAGGUGGCAGCUCUCCCUACUCAAUUCGUCGAGUCCAUAUUCCCCAGGUCUGCCGCCGCCACCGACUCUCGCGACACCUACCAGUAUCAAGACAACUAG